GACCAGCGCUCCUCGAUUUACGCCGGGUUUGCGAUUUUAUUCAAGAUGCCUGCACCAAUCGCUGCGGCCACGGCCUCCAAGAAGAGAAAGAAUGUCAAAGAGGGCGGCGUCCCCUCGUCGAAACGCCGUGCCGUCGCUGAGACUGAGGCCCCCGAUGCGACAGCCGAUAUCCAACGGCUGGAAGACCAAAUAUCCGAAUCGCGAAAGCACUACAACAACAUAGCGACCCUGAUUUCGAUGCUCAACACGGAUGGUUCCGCCAAAAAACCGAAUGUGCCCGCCGCUUUGUCUCUGUGCCGGGUAUUCAGCCGAUUAAUCGCGGGUGGGAAUUUGACCGAGUCGAGCCGUGCGGCAGAGAACGAGAAGAUCAUCGUUGCUUGGUUGAAAGAGCGUCUCAAGGAGUACCAGAGAUCUUUGCUCUCCAUCAUCCGAGAGAGUGAUCCCUCUUCGCAGAUCACCGCCCUAACCCUGUGCCUCUGCAUCAUCAACGAGCGCGCGACACAUCUGCCGGGCGAAGAAGGAAUCUGGGUGACGGGCCUGUUCAAGAACGUGGUGGAAUCUGUCGUCGAAGCCAACAACGGCCAAGCGGUUCUCUCCGAGUUCAUCGAGAAGGCCAAGGAGUUUGAGGAUGUGCGCUACUACACCUUCAUGCAAAUCUCUGAAUAUGCAAACACCCGACGAAGCCCAGAAACCAUCGACACGCUGAUCUCCAUCCUCUCCGCAUGCGACUCGAUACCCAAACCCGACCACGAGUUCGAGAGCUUCUACACGAAAACCAGCAAGGACAACAAGCGGGUAGUGUCGGUGAACUCGCACAAGAAGCGCGCGCAAGAUGCAUGGCUGGCGAUCCUGAGCAACAACCUGACGCAAACGCAGCGCAAGCACCUGCUGCGGAUCAUGGUGCACAAUAUUGAGCCGUGGUUCAACCGGCCGGAGCUGCUGAUGGACUUCCUGACGGACUCGUACAACGUGGGCGGGGCGACGUCGCUGCUGGCGCUGUCGGGGCUGUUCUACCUCAUCCAGGAGAAAAACCUGGACUACCCGCAGUUCUACGCGAAGCUGUACUCGCUGCUGGACGCGGACCUGCUGCACUCGAAGCACCGGUCGCGGUUCUUCCGCCUGCUGAACACCUUCCUGGCCUCGACGCACUUGCCCGCCGCGCUCAUCGCCAGCUUCCUCAAGCUCCUGGCCCGCCUGGCCCUCAACGCCCCGCCCGCCGCCAUCGUCGCCAUCGCCCCCUUCACCUACAACCUCCUCAAGGAGCACCCCACCUGCGCCUUCAUGCUCCACCGGCCCCUCAGCGACGACGCCCGCGCCGCCAUCCUUCACGCCCGCGGCAUGGACGACCCCUACGACCCCGCCGAGCCCGACCCCCUCCGCUCCCGCGCCAUCGAAAGCAGUCUCUGGGAGCUCGACACCCUGCAGUCCCACUACCACCCCAACGUCGCCGCCAUCGUCCGCAUCCUCGCUGAGCAGUUCACAAAGCAGUUCUACAACCUCGAGGACUUCCUCGACUACACCUAUCAGGGCAUGCUGCAGGCCGAGCUCGGCACAGAGGACAAGCCCUUUAAGCGCGUCCCCGUCGUCGAGUACCAGAUCCCCCGCCGUAUCUUCACCGAUCGUCUGGUCGAGGAGGAUGGCGGCCAGGACACCGCGCCCGGCAGUUUGCUCAGAGAGCUUUGGGACUUUGCAUGA